UUAUACUUUGCAUCAUAGUUCGCUGGAACAAUCGACAGUACGAACAUGAUGUCGACUCUGGCAAUUCGCUUUAUCUCGAUGUGCCUGGUGCUAACGGCAGCUACAUCACUGCCAACUCUACCCGCAGUUGACUACAUUGGUAUUGGUUACAACGUUCUCGACGGCAACCCAGAUGGGGAUGGCAGCACGACUGGCUGUGUUGAUCCUGGUCUAUUAACUUUAAAACGAGUUUUUGCUUACACCUACGAUGAAGGAAAGGUGUCUAGUGAUCUAAAGUACAUAGUGCCAGACCAGAUAGUGUAUACACCUCGUUCAAGCUGCGCACGCACCUUGGAACAAAACAUGUUUUGGGGUACAAAAAGUUACCAGCAAAAGCUCAAAAGUGACACAACAUGGUCAGUGUCGGCAGCAGAUAAAUUUCUUGGCUACGAGUUUUCAAAAAGUAACUCCUAUGAGGAAAUGUAUGCUUCGAUUAAUGCAUACAAAUAUGUGUAUUACGAAGAUCGUACCGUCUGUAAUCUUGGCCGCGCAAGAUAUGCAAAUGAACUGUACGUGUACGAUAAGUACUCUCUCAGCAAAGACUUUAUUCAAGCUGCCUGCAAGCUACCAGUUAAUUAUGAUAGCAAAAUAUUUAUGCAGUUUCUCGAUACAUGGGGAACGCACGUUAUUUUGCAAGCUGAGUUGGGAACGAAAAGUAUUGAUCGGUAUGAAGAGACACAAGAAGCGUUUGUGUACUUUGUUUUGGAUGAGGAUUCAGGUAAAAUUGUAAGUGGUGGAAGUUACGAAGGAUUUGAUAGUUCCGUAAGUGUUGAUAUGGAAGAAUUUGAGAAAGACUUGACACCCGACACCUCGUUUGGACAAUAUGAAAUCACGAUCAGUAGUGACAACGAGUCUCCAAUUGCCAUCGAAGCAAUUGGGAUGGAUGAGAUGUUUGUUCAUGAGUAUUGGCAAUUAUUCAACGACUAUGUUGCUGAUGGUCUGUGUUCUUCUGAUUGGCUAAAUAAUCUUGUAACAUUUAGAAGUAACAUGGGAACAGCAAUGUCGGGCUAUGCAAAUUGGCGCGGAGCUGCAAUCUCUGAAGAUCCUGUUGUUAAAAUCCCAAUCACAUGGCCAAAGGGAGCCUAUGGUCUGCCUCAGCCGAAAUCAGGAUGUCCACUGACACCGCAGUUCAACUGGUACAUUGGUGUGAGGAAGCAUGAUACCGAGAAUGGCAACUCGUGGUCAGCCGACAACCAUUUCGCUGGACCUUACUGGCAGAAUGAUAUGUAUGAUAAUUUCUGCAUAAAGACAGACCAAGUGGUAACAGAAUACGACUGGAAUUGGCCGCCUGGUGAAUAUUGCAUAUAUCAAAGGGAUACGGCUUGUCCUAGUGGGUUUAAAACUGGUUACAUUUUUUGGGACGACAAGAAUUCCGAUGGAAACACUCACGCAGGAUAUUUACCGAAAGGUACAUACAACGAAAAUACCAAAAUUUACUUCUGCUGUCGUGACGAUGGAUUCGCCACCAAUCCUAUCUACCUACCGACGGAGAGUCCGUUCUACCUGUUUCCACAGAGUCACAGGUGUCAAGAAGUGAACGGCAUGAAACACCAAACCGAAUACUUUCAAUUCGAUGAUGAAAACACAAGUAAUGACAACCAAAAAUGGGGAUCGUAUCCAUAUACCGGUGGCGAUUACAAAAAUCAUCUUCUGUAUUAUUGUUAUUACACUCCGACUUAAUUCAGGCGAACAGAUGACCAAUCAACUAAAGAAUAUCUAAUUAACUUAUAAAAAACAUCAUUUAGUUUCAUUUAGUAAUCAAAUAACGCGAGUUAAACAAAAAUAUUGUUUUUGAAAGUUAUUUAAGUUGACACCAUGGAUCGACGAUUAUAAUGUUAUAUCAAUUUUAGAAAUUAUAUACAAAAAUCCCAGAA